AACAUUGUUAAUUGCACUUUAGUGAAAUUUUUCCAUUUAUUUAACCAUUUAAGAAAAAGAAAUAUAUGGUAUUUCAGUUUCAGUUGAAAAAGGAUUUUGAAAGAGUGAUCCCAAAUCUACCCUAAAUCUGGAAAAUUGUGUUCAAGAUUUGCUUUUUGAUCUUCCUUCUCCUAUUGAAAUUUGGUCUCACACACACGGGGUCCCCAAACCCUAAGCAUGAAAUACACAUAAAGAAAAUACAUACCUAUAUUAACGUAAACUCUACAUUACAUUUUAUUACAUUACAUAGCAUAGAAGAUACCUUUUUCUAUUUCAAGAAUUGAAGAAAUGGAUUCAGAUGAAGGGAAGUUAUUUGUUGGAGGAUUAGGAUGGGACAUGAAGGAAGACAAACUAAGAGGCUAUUUUAGCCAUUAUGGGGAUGUUACACAUGCAAUAAUCAUGCGUGACAAAGUUACUGGCUUAUCUAGAGGAUUUGCCUUUGUUGUUUUCUCUGAUCCUUCUGUUAUUGAUGUCAUUCUUCAGGAGAAACAUGCCAUUGAUGGACGUCCGGUGGAUGCUAAGAAGGCUUUACCAAGAGCACAACAGCAGAGCUUGAGAUCUCAACUUCCUCAUGCCAAUGAAGAUACAAGACUAGAAGGGAAUAUUAGAACAAGAAAAAUAUUUGUUGGUGGGCUACCUUCGUCCCUUAGUGAAGAAGAGUUUUGCCAAUACUUCCAAGCUUAUGGUAAUGUGACAGAUAAAGUAAUAAUGUUUGACCCAAACACUGGUCGCCCUCGAGGAUUUGGUUUCAUCACCUUUGACUCAGAAGAUGCUGCCGAUAAAGUUUUUCAUAAAAACUUUCAUGAACUGAAAAAUAAGCUAGUGGAGGUAAAACGUGCCUUGCCUAAAGAAGCAAAUCCUGCUGGCAAUGGAGGUUACUUGGGUUAUGGCUCUUCUGAUCUCAUUAGGUUUUCGCAGCCUGUUUUUUGUGGUUACACUCUCUAUAAUAGCUAUGGAGCUCUGAAUUGUGGUUAUGGUUACGAUCCUUAUACUUGUUACGGUGGGGCAGCUGGAAUAUAUAUGAAUCCAUCUUUGGCCAGUAUCAGUUACGCUAGCAGCUUGCCUAGCGUCCCACGAGACCAGAAUCUUGGCUAUGGUGAUUUCUAUAAUUUUAAUGCAAGUUUUGGGUCUUCAUGGGAUGCUUCAGCCAAUCGUGGUGUUGUUUUGACAUCAACAGCUAGUACAUCUCAAGGUCAUGUUUCUCAAAAUAGUAAUCAGGGCAACUGUUACAGCACCUAUACAGAAAAUGAACGCCCUUCCACUGAUUCGGUUCGUAAGGAGUCUGGUGAUAGGCAUACAGGUAGUGCUCCAAACAGCAGCCGUGGUGAGGCGACAGGGCAACAUAAGGCAAAUGGGGCACCACAUAACAACAGUCUUUGACAGCAGUAGUGAUUCUCCAAAUGCAGCUUCUAAGGAUCACUCAAAGAAAAAGUAAACUGUCGCAAUAGAUUUGACGACCGGUUGAAUUGCUGCAGUCUAUGUAAUGUCCUGUAACCAUAGUGCUGGUUUUAACUGGUGAUGCGGCAUAGUUACAUUCUUACAGGUUGCUAUUGUUACAGGUUUUGCUCCUAUCUGAAUGAUUAUGUUUCUUUCUUUGCUCUCGUACCUCAAGUAGCUAUUUAUGUGAAAUCUAUUCCUACAGUUGGUUACUUGAGAAUGAUUUUAGUCUCAACAUAUUGGCAUAUAAAUUUUGCUUGUGACAAUAAUA